UCGAGAUACAAUAUGGCCACCUGCAUGAGAAUGUUGGGUGCGUGGAGACAAGGGUGCAGGGACGGAGCGGGUAGUUUAUUUAGAAAAAAGCCAUGGGCUUUAAACACAGGCACAAAACAUCUUCUCCGGAGUGAUCUGUUCGCUACCAGCGAACAGUUGGCAGCAAGACGUUUGUAUACUACAAAAGGGACUUCUCACAAACUAUCAGUAGGCAGUGGCAGGUUUGGUAAGAUUAUUGCAUCAUUGACAGGAGCAAGGAGACUGGCGUAUCCAAGCAAAUGGACCAAGGUCUCAAGCGUUUGGGCUGGGGUAGCAGAUAUAGGAUGUGGAAAUGUCAGUCUCUGUAACCAGAAAAGGUAUCUGUUUGGCAACCGAGGCAGCGGCGGCAAUAGUUUUUCAGAAGAUGGGGAAGGCAGCAGCGCUUCUGGGGGAGAUGAGGCAGGGGACGGUGGCGAUGGAGGAGCCGCAUACGCGUCCCCACAAAUGACGGCUCUCACACCAAUGCUGGUGCCUGAAGUUUUCCCCAACGUGCCACUGAUCGCUGUCAGCAGAAACCCGGUUUUCCCACGUUUCAUCAAGAUAAUCGAGGUGAAGAAUAAGCAACUGGUGGAUCUACUGAGAAGGAAAGUGCGUCUAGCCCAGCCGUACGCAGGAGUAUUUCUGAAGAAGGACGACGCUAACGAGUCUGAUGUGGUGGAAAGCCUGGAUGAUAUCUACACCACUGGUACCUUCGUGCAGAUCCAUGAGAUGCAGGACUUGGGCGAUAAACUUCGUAUGAUUGUCAUGGGUCAUCGAAGAAUCAAUAUCACCAAGCAACUAGCGGUUGACCUUGACGAGCCCCCCGCUGGCACCCAGCUGGAGGCCGACUCGUCCAAGGCCCCACGGCGCAAACCGAAACGACAGCGCAAAGAGGGCUCGACGCUGAUCGAUGCCAUGGAGGAGCGCGUCCAGGAGGCGGAGCUGGUGAUCGAGUCUAUCACCCCCCCGUCUCCGGAAAUACUCAUGGUGGAAGUGGAUAACGUGCAGCACGAGGACUUCCAGGUUACGGAAGAGGUCAAGGCUCUGACUGCAGAAAUUGUCAAGACCAUUCGUGACAUCAUUGCCCUAAAUCCGCUUUACAGAGAGUCCGUUCUUCAGAUGAUGCAGGCUGGACAGAGAGUAGUAGAUAAUCCCAUCUACCUGAGUGACAUGGGAGCUGCACUGACUGGAGCAGAAUCGCACGAACUGCAGGAUGUCCUGGAAGAGACUAACAUUCCCAAGCGGCUGUAUAAGGCGCUUUCUCUGUUGAAGAAGGAAUACGAGCUCAGUAAACUGCAACAACGCCUGGGCAGAGAGGUGGAAGAGAAGAUCAAGCAGACCCACCGGAAGUAUCUCCUGCAGGAGCAGCUGAAGAUCAUCAAAAAGGAGCUGGGCCUGGAGAAGGAAGACAAGGACGCCAUCGAGGAGAAGUUCCGGGAGAGGCUGAAGGAGGGUGUGGUGCCGCAGCAUGUCAUGGACGUCAUCAACGAGGAGCUCAACAAACUCAGCCUACUGGACAACCACUCCUCAGAGUUCAAUGUGACACGGAAUUACCUGGACUGGCUGACCUCCAUGCCGUGGGGUAAAAACAGUGCGGAAAACCUAGAGCUGGGCCGGGCAAAGGAGGUGUUGGAAGAAGAUCAUUAUGGGAUGGAUGAUGUAAAAAAGCGCAUCCUGGAAUUCAUUGCAGUGAGCCAAUUGCGAGGCUCCACUCAGGGCAAGAUCCUGUGCUUCUAUGGGCCUCCUGGCGUUGGAAAGACCAGCAUCGCUCGCUCCAUCGCUCGAGCGCUAAACCGGGAGUACUUCCGCUUCAGCGUGGGUGGCAUGACGGAUGUGGCCGAAAUCAAGGGCCACAGGCGAACGUAUGUUGGUGCAAUGCCAGGGAAGAUCAUUCAGUGUCUGAAGAAGACCAAGACUGAAAACCCCCUGGUCCUUAUUGAUGAGGUUGAUAAGAUAGGUCGCGGUUACCAGGGUGACCCCUCAUCGGCACUGCUCGAGCUGUUGGAUCCAGAGCAGAAUGCCAACUUCCUCGACCAUUACCUGGACGUGCCUGUCGAUUUGUCCAAGGUCCUUUUCAUCUGCACUGCCAACGUGACGGACACUAUCCCAGAACCUCUGAGGGACCGUAUGGAGAUGAUAAAUGUGUCUGGAUAUGUGGCCCAGGAGAAACUGGCCAUUGCAGAGAGGUAUCUGGUGCCUCAGCUGCAAAUUCUCUGUGGCCUGGACGACCAGAAGACCAGCAUUUCAUCUGAGGCCUUGAACGUCCUCAUCAGACAGUACUGUAGAGAGAGUGGUGUCAGGAACCUACAGAAACAAGUGGAAAAGGUGUUCAGAAAGGUGGCAUUCCGCAUCGUGAACGGUGAGGAGAGCUCCGUGCAGAUCACACCUGACAACCUCCAGGACUUUGUGGGGAAGCCCAUCUUCACUGUGGACAGGAUGUAUGAUGUCACACCACCUGGAGUGGUCAUGGGCCUGGCAUGGACUGCUAUGGGCGGCACCACACUUUUCAUCGAGACGUUGCUGAGGCGCCCACGGGAGCCGCCGCGGAAAGACGAACCGCGGGAGGGCUCGCUGGAGAUCACGGGGCAGCUGGGAGACGUGAUGAAGGAGAGCGCCAAGAUAGCCUACACCUUCGCCCGCUCCUUCCUCAUGAAGGAGCAGCCGGACAAUGACUUCCUGGUGGCGUCCCACCUGCACCUGCACGUACCUGAGGGUGCCACUCCUAAGGACGGACCCAGUGCAGGGUGUACCAUCGUUACCGCUCUGCUCUCUCUGGCCAAAAACAUCCCAGCACGGCAGAACGUGGCCAUGACAGGGGAGAUAUCUCUAACGGGCAAAAUACUACCAGUGGGCGGCAUUAAGGAGAAGACCAUUGCUGCAAAGCGAGCUGGCGUGACCUGUAUCAUUCUGCCGUCAGAGAACAAGAAAGAUUUCUCUGACCUCCCAGACUUCAUCACAGAGGGCCUAGAGGUGCACUUUGUGGAACACUACAACCAGACCUACGACAUUGUGUUCCCCAGACAGUGACCCCAUGGUCGUCAGUACCGAAGCAAGGCAGGCUUGGACAGGCACUCACUGUGCCUAUGGUGCUUAGCAGAAUCACCUGGAGUGAAGGAAUCAAGGAGAUCCAGUAGACUGAAGAGGAUCAUUUUAUUCACUUCACAUUGCCAGCCUAGUGAAUUCUGCAGGGUGUCCAUUUGCUCACUUGUUGUUCAUUGAAUGGGUUUCUACUCUAUUGGUGGGCUUCAAAGCACUGUCUCAUUGAGCUUGGGCGUGAAGUCUAUUUCAUAUGGACAGCCAACGUGGACCACAGUUAAGUUAGAGAACAGUCUUUAGAUGUGUAUAUCUGCAGACUGAACAGAGAGGGCUGCCUAAUUCUGAAGACCAAAAUCAUGGAUUCACAGGCACUAGGGAUCGAGAUCGCUGCUAAGCAGCCCAACCGAAGAAUUAAACAAUUUUUUAAAUGUAAAGUUUGAUGUUCAAUUCAUUCUCACAGAUCUGAUUUAAAAUCAGAGCACUAUUUUGUGGAUACAAGUAUUCAGACCUUGUUAAAAUGUCCAUCUCAAGCGGUUUUGUUAAUGAUUCAUGUUGGAAUCCAAUACAAAUGUGUGGCUGCAGUGCAAAAUGUUUGAUGGUUAAAUGGUCACUAAAUAAGCAUCUUGUCUUGUGAAUCAAA